AACUGAAUACACACUUAAAAGUCUCUGAAUUCUAUAAACUCUCAUUUCCUUCAAAGUUUCCUAAGCUUUCCUAAACAAACUCAAAAAUGGCUUGUGGUUGUACUUCUUGUGCCACUAACUGCAGCUGUGGAAACCUCGAGGGAGGAUGCAAGUGUGGAGACAACAACUGCACUUGUACCGACUGCAAGUGUUAGUGAAGGAAAUGAUGAAGAUGAGGGAUUAUUUACAUGUCAAUAAUCCCUGAAAUUAUCUUGCUACGGUAUCGUUUGUACUUUUCUUUGGUGUUAAAAUAAAGUAGUUGUGAUUAGCAAUACUUGAGCUUCAAGUGUUGUUUCAUGGCUACAUAGUGUUUGUGUGCGUGCGGUUGGUUAUUCAGUUGUGUAAAAGUGGUGGUUGUUUGCCUCCUGUGGAUUUCAUAAUAAUAUCAUUAUCAUUACUCUUUUCAUUUUUCUGCUUAACAUAAGAGCAAGUCCGAUGGGCUAAAUUUGAACAUGGGAAAAUGCCCAACAAGUCCAUCUACCUAUAUUCUGGCUUAUUUCCAUUCGACUUGCUCUGUUCCUUAGUAUCAGUCUUGUAAUCCGACGGUUUAGCGUACAUCAUCGAUGGAUAGAGCAACUCGUGGCACUCAAUGAAUUGAUCGAUUACUGACAAGGCAGAUUUCUCCCACUACAAUUUUAAUUUUUUUUAACUGGAAAUCUUUACUGCCAGACUCCUAGGAUACUGGUAUUAAAAUAUGAAAAAACGUUUUUAAAUUCAACCGACAAAUUUAGAUAUGUGUGAGGGUGAGCUCUUUAGUGGAUGUAGUGCGCAUCUUCCAAAUGUCAUCAUCUAAAUGGUCAAUGUAGGCAUAUUUUUUUCCCUGAAAAUACGUGUAUUCAGAGCAGAGUUUCUUACUCAAAAUUUAAACAUCUGUCUCCUCAAAACUUUACCCUUUAUAAAUGUCGCUCCUCCCUCUCCUGCCGUUUUCAUUGUAGGAGUUAAAAAGAAAAAAAGACCUAAAGAGAGAAAAGUGGAAAAGCAAUGGAGGAUAGCAUAACAGAGACUGAACUCAAAACAGGAACUGAAGAUUUCAACCAAAUGGAUGAUGAUAAAGUCAUGAAAUCAUCUACUGAGCAAAGAAAACAAGAAGAGGAAGAGGAAGGGAGUAAGAGAAGUGGGGGUAUUGUAAACCAUCUUAUUUCUAACUUGGUUACUCCUUCUAGUCCAAGAUUACCAAGAGGAUUGAGUAACGGUUUUUCAGCAACAACUGAAGCUGAUUAUAAAGAAGAUGAAGAGAAUAAGAGUAGUGUAGAUGUUGAGAUGGGUGGUGGAAUCAUCAACAAUUUCAUCUCAAAUAUUUUCCACUCUAGUAGUGCUGAGGGAGAUCACGGAGAAGUGAAGGAAAAUCAUAACAAUACCGAAGGAGUUACUGAUGUUGAAGAAAGAGAAGUUCAAGAGCAUAUAGAAGUUGAGGUGAAUGGUGGUAGUGGUGGUGGGAUCAUUAACAAUCUCAUAACCAAUUUGUUCCAUCAGAAUGAAAGUGACGGCAGUCAGGAAGCUGGAGUAGAGAUGGAGAAAAAGAGUGAAGCAGAAGAAGAAGUGCAUGAUAAUGCUAGUAGUGAAGGAAAUGGGGAACAUGUCAAGAUGGAAGAGGAAAAAAGUAAUGGUGGGAUCAUUAGCAAUCUUGUUUCCAACCUUGAAGAAAACUAUGACCCGGGGAAUGAUGAAGCCUCCAUUAUGAUUCACUCAAUUAUUCAUGACUAGAGAUGGAAAGAGUGACUGUAACUAGCCAAUCCACUGACAUGUCAAAAUACAACUCAAGAGAGACUGGGGAUUUGUUGUGUAACUCAUAUUUUUGGAUCCAUUUUUUGUGUAACGAUAUUUUUACAAUUUCUUGUUUUCUGUAAGUUUAUGGUGCUCAAGUUUGAAUGACAUUUUAAGCUGUUUUUUUAUGCUUAGUACUAAGGCCUAAAGUGGAAAACCAAAGAUGAAUAAAUUUCAGGCUUGCUUAGAAGCUCUA